CUUUUUUUACGUCGGUCCUUCAAUCUCCAUGAAGGACCCGACCAAUUGCUAAUUUGUAAACAAUAUUUUUUUGUAGAAAACUUCCAUCUUUACUCUGUUUCUAUUUUGUUUUGGUAAAUUAUAAAAUUGAUUUUCGAUCAUCAUGCAUUGUUUUCCAUGUUUCUCUUGUCCAAAAAACAAAAAAUCUUCAACUACAAAUGAGACUAGCGACAACGAAUUAAGACCACAUGAGAGGAAACGGCCAGAGGAAACAGAGCAAUCUGAAGGGAUGACGUUGAAGACAUUCACUUUCCGGGAACUAGCGACCGCGACAAAAAAUUUCCGACAAGAAUGCUUACUAGGAGAAGGUGGAUUCGGUAGAGUUUAUAAAGGAACCCUUCAAUCUACUGGCCAGGUGGUGGCUGUAAAGCAAUUAGACAAGCAUGGAUUGCAUGGGAACAAAGAGUUUCAAUCUGAAGUUUUAUCGUUAGGCCAACUUGAUCAUCCAAAUCUUGUUAAGCUUAUAGGGUAUUGCGCAGAUGGAGAUCAAAGGCUUUUGGUCUAUGAGUAUAUAUCUGGAGGUUCACUUGAAGAACAUCUUCACGGCCAUGAACCGAUGGAUUGGACUACUAGGAUGCAAAUAGCGUAUGGCGCAGCGCAAGGGCUUGAUUACUUGCACGAUAAAACAAAUCCACCUGUGAUAUACAGAGAUUUGAAAGCUUCAAACAUUUUGUUAGAUGAUGACUUUUCUCCUAAGCUUUCUGAUUUUGGUCUGCAUAAGCUAGGACCAGAGACAGGUGACAAGAUGAUGGCUUUCUCUUCUCGAGUAAUGGGAACUUAUGGUUACUCUGCACCAGAGUAUACACGAGGAGGAAAUCUCACUAUAAAAUCAGAUAUCUAUAGUUUUGGAGUUGUGUUGCUUGAGCUCAUCACGGGUCGAAGAGCUCUUGAUACCACUAGGCCUAAUGAUGAACAAAACUUAGUUUGUUGGGCACAACCGAUAUUUAGAGAUCCUAAAAGAUAUCCGGAUAUGGCAGACCCGAUGCUAGAGAAGAAAUUCUCAGAGAGAGGGUUAAACCAAGCAGUAGCAAUAGCUUCAAUGUGUGUUCAAGAGGAAGCGGCAGCUCGUCCUUUGAUAAGUGAUGUAAUGGUGGCCCUUAGUUUCCUUUCAAUGGCAACAGAAGAUGGAAUUCCAACAUCAGUUCCUAUCUUGUCUUUCAAAGACAAGAGUAUGUCUAUUGCCUUAAGUAGGCAUGAUUCAAAUCGUCUUUCUCCCCCUCCGGAGAUAGCGAUGGAAGAUGACAAAUCCAGUACAUCAUCAGACGAAGAAUCAUCUUUGGACAGCGAAAAGGAGAGUGUGAGUAAGAAGAAGUAUAACAAGAAACACGAAGAGGAAAACAACUCAAUAGAAUCUGAUGAUGGGUCUGAUUCUCAUUCUGAACAUGAGAAGGACCAAGAUAGUCUACCACAUGAUGAGAAGAACCAAGCUCAAAGCUUGAAGAUAAAAUAUAGAUAUAGCUGGGAGGAUAUAGAUGUCAGUGAUGAAAGACUAAGCAGCCAAAAAUCAAGUGACGUAAGCACUUCUUCAUGCUAUGAUAGUGAUAUAAAUCAUGACCAUGGUUUGCUUAGGAAGCAUGAGAAAGAGGAAGAGGAAGAGCAUACUCAUUUUGAGCACAUCCACAGCUCAAAAACUGAUGAUGAUGAUCAAAGUGUUUACUUCGAUAAUGAUGAUGAUUCAAAAGAUAACAAUGGAGGCUCUUUGCAGCGAAUAGAAUCAAAUGUUGAGAUUGCUUCCUUUGAAGAUGACAAUGGAGGAGAUUCUUUGCAUCAUAUAAAAUCAGAAGUUGAGGUUGAGUCUGAUUAAGAGUGACGUUUUCAAAGUUUUUUAUCCAUCCAUUGAAACUCACAAAAGAAGUUUAAAUAUUCUUUUGAGUUUAUUGUUUUGAGAAAAAACUAUUAGUUGGGGUAUAUAAUAUGACAUACAUACUGAAGUUUUUUCUUAACAAAUAUUAACCAUCUCUCUUUUAUGUAUGAUGAAGAUGUUUGGAUUGCUAGAUAAAAGAAACAAGUUGUAUUAAAUCAUAUGAUUUGAUUGAGAAAACAAAUCUCAUC